AUGCAAAUUCGACGGUCAAGCUUGUUAGUCCCACCUUUUUGUGUUUCCCGCACCGUCAAUCAAAAUAGAAAAAAAUCGACCCGAAUUCACCGAUCAACACUAGCCCGCCUUUGAUAAAAUAAUCAUGUUCGGAGUUUAGUUGAUCAGAUAAUCCUGCCGGUUACUACUAUUAACGCUAUGACUGGUACGUAAACAUUUAGCGUAUCGAAGCGAACAACUAAUCGGUGAGUUUGUGCAACCUACAGCGGAGCAAGCUGCGUCUUUUUUUUUUUAUCUUUUUCAGUGCUGCUAACUAGCUAGAUAUGGUUAGCUAACAGAGCUAGCUGGCUAGCCACGGAGUUGACAAAGUAAACAGUCAGUCUGGGCUGAAAUCGCCUCAGUAUCUCCUCUGCAAAGUUGAAUUUCGAAGUCAGCUCCUUUUGGACUGGAGAGUGGGGAUGCUUUGCGGGCUUUUCUGGCAGACAGGAGUUGAAGAUUACAGAGUUUUGCUGAGUUUCCCCCUCUCUCCCUGCUAGCGCCAGAGCAGCCUUUGAAACAAGGAGAAAUGGCGUCCGCGGACGUGGACAGCAGUCAAAGCGAGUUUCUGCAACCCGGCGGCGCAGCGGAAACACAGACCACAGAUAUGUCAGCCAUUCAGCUGACAGGCUCAGACAGAUGGGAGGUGUUAACUCCUGUCUCCACUGGGAAAGAAGACCAGGGAGUUGUUCACAUUCCAAACUCUGGGAUUGUCACAUCCAAUGGGCAGUAUGUGCUUCCUAUUGGGAGUCUUCCCAGUCAGCCCAUUUAUGUCACAGCAUCUGGAAAUGAGGCGACAGCCAACGGAGUGUCUGGCAUUCAGUAUCAGGUUAUUCCUCAAAUCCAGAAUGCAGAUGGGACACUUGCAGGGUUCCCAGCACAGGGUCUGGACGAUGGUACGGGGCAGAUCCAGCUUCUGCAGGACAGCAGCCAGGCCAGUAUUGGCAUCAGCUGUGCUACAACAACAACCACAGACCUUCUAACUCAGGCGGGCCAGGUGCAGUCUAUCCAGGGUGUCCCGCUGACAGGGGCGUCGGCGUACGCUGGCACCGUACCAGUUGGUCUGCCUGGAAAUAUCACAUUCGUCCCUAUAAACAGCGUGGACCUGGAGUCUCUGGGGCUCACUGGGGCUCAAACAGUCCCCAUCGCCACGGGGGUCACUCCAGAGGGUCAGCUUAUCAUGAGUGGCCAGACGCUGGAGAGUCAGGCUCAGGAGGCCAAACAGCCGCUGGGCACUGUCAACGACAGCAGCGCUAACCCAGAACUCUAUGUGCCAACCACCACUACGUCCUCAUCUUCAUCCUCCUCCUCCCAGCUGCCCGAAACUAUCGAUGGCACCGGGGUCUUGACCCAGGCCACCGCUGUGUCUGCAGGUGUGUCUGACCCCUCUGCCACCGAAAACUUCAACUCCCACAACCACCUCCAGCAAAUCCAGGUGUCGUCCUCUAAUCCCACCACUAUCUCGCAGCCCAUCCUGCAGCUGUCCGGAGAAACUCAGGCCCAGGUGGCCCAGAGCCAGGACCUGACAGGAGCCGGGGGUCAGACUCUGCAGAGCGUCCAGCUGGUCAACCCUGGGACCUUCCUCAUCCAGGCCCAGACAGUCACUGCUACUGGACAGAUCCAGUGGCAGACCUUCCAGGUCCAGGGUGUGCAGUCGCUCCAGGGGCUCCAGUUGCCUCAGGGUCAGGCCCAGCAGUUGACCUUAGCCCCUGUUCAGACCCUCCCUCUGGGCCAGACAGGCCAGGUCAGCCUGCCCAACCUGCAGACGGUCACCGUGAACUCUGUGACUCAGGCUGGAGUCCAGUACACACACGCAGAGGACGAGAGCAGUCCAAUCGGGAUCCAAAUCAAAGAGGAGCCAGACUCGGAGGAGUGGCAGCUGAGUGGAGACUCCACGCUCAACCCCAGCGACCUAAACAACCUACGGGUCCAGAUGGGUGACGAGGACAUGGAAACACCCAGUGGGGAGGGCAAGAGGCUACGCAGAGUGGCCUGUACCUGCCCCAACUGUAAAGAAUCUGGAGGAAGAGGUUCAGGGAUGGGGAAGAAGAAGCAGCACAUCUGCCACAUUGCAGGAUGUGGGAAGGUCUAUGGGAAGACGUCUCACCUGCGAGCUCACCUGCGUUGGCACAGCGGAGAGAGACCGUUCGUCUGCAACUGGAUGUUCUGUGGAAAGAGGUUCACCAGGAGUGACGAGCUGCAGAGACACCGGAGGACACACACGGGAGAGAAGAAGUUUGUGUGCACAGAGUGUUCGAAGCGCUUCAUGCGGAGCGACCACCUGGCCAAGCACAUAAAGACUCACCAGAAUAAAAAAGGCGGGGUCACCUCAGCCACGUCCCCGCCCACCACCGACACAGUCAUCACCGCUGACGGCACCACGCUCAUCCUCCAAACGACCACCGCCCACGACCUCGUAGCCAAUCAGGAGAUCCCCUUGCAGCUGGUAACAGUGGCGCCCAGUGAGGUCAUGGAGUGAGGCGCAUCUUUGAGAACUUUUACAGGGACCUUGAGCUUUUCUCUUCCCCUCUUCCCUUUUUUGUUUGUUUUUUUGUUUUGUUUUUUACAUAUGAAUAUAUACGUAAAUAUAUAUGACAAAUAUAUAUAUUUUAAGUAAGAGUUAUCAUGACUUUAUGUUUGUUUUUUGCAGUCUUUUUAUAGGCGGGCAAAAAAAAAAACUAAAUAUGUGGUUGCUAUGUACACACGCGUUAACACACACAUCCACAUGCAUUAACACUCAACAUGAAUACUCAACACAAUGAAAUGCCUUAUUUUGUAUCAUACUCUUGUAUAAAAUGCUGGAGGUGCAUGUGUUUUUUAAGCUUUGCAGAUGAUGUAACUGUAACUGAGAUAAAUGUGUUGUGAAAUGGAGAUGAUUAUGAUUAUGAUGGAGUUUUUGGCAGAGGUAAAGACUUUGUAUCUUGGCAUUUGGAGAAUUUGGACUAAACGGAGCGCUCUGUUUGAAGUAGCACCUCGUUCAUCCACACUGAGCUGCUGGACUGCUGACACGUGGUUCAGCCUCAGCAGGUCACUGAGGGUCACUGGGAUGGCGGCGGCGUCAGGUGGUCACUGAGGGUCACUGGGAUGGCGGCGAUGUAAGACUGUGCUGCUUCAGGCAGGGCGGUUGGUUGGGCCGGUGUUUGGAGCGGGAUGUCAGUGCCACCGCAAACGGAUGUGAAGUUUUCCACUUUGAUGCAAAACGCUCUGGAAAAAAAACAAAACUAGGGCAACUUCUUCCAGUGUGUGGUCGGUGUCAUCGGCUGUGCUCGUCCACAUCAUCUUUCUGUUUUGCUUUUUCCUUUUGCAUAUGUUAUUGUAAAUUGUAUGAGUUUUUCUCUCUGCUGAUCUGCGUGUUGUCUAAAUCAAAGCCACAGACAGAAAUCAGAUUGAAAGUGUGGCUACCUCUGAAUCUGUGCAUGUGGCGACUGAAGGAAAACAAAAAACGAUGCCAUAUGAAGAUGCAACAAAUCAGCGAGCGCUUAAAUGCAUUUUUGUCAUUGAACAUUCCAGUCGGAUAGCAGAUCAUGUGGAAUCUGUUUUGCAAUAACUGCUUUGUGGGUAAUUCUGGCCAGAUGACACUCAAGUCGAAACAAAAACAAUCAUGCCAUUGUCCUUUUUAUUUUAAGUCAUGUAACCCCCUCCUCAGUUUGUCCUCAUGUUUGUAGCAUUCAUUUACAUGUAUGUAUAUUAUCUUUAUUUUCACAUUGUUUAUAGAAGCCAUUACUUAGUUACCUGAAUUUGUUGUAUCAAAACCUUAUUUUAAGUGAUUUUUUUAAAGAAUUGGUGUAAAAAUUGAAUGUUACCUUUUGUAAAACCUUUUUUCAAAUGGAUCACAAUAAAAGUCUGAAACCUUC